AUGAAUCAAUAUGGAAAAGGAAUUAUAAUGAGAGAGUAAACCAAGAAGAUUAAUAAUAACUUAUAAAAAGAUUUAUUGGAUUAUUCAGAUUUUGAACUUAAGAAAAAUCCAAAAAAUACAUUUAUUUUAAUAGCAAAAAGUUAAUGUUUUCAAUUAUUUUUAUAGGCUAUGCAUUAGAUGAUGAAAAGAAAUAUCAAUUAGCAAUUGAGUAAUGCGAAAAGGUUUUAAUAGAAGAACCUAAACAUCUUCAUGAAUUGUAUAGAAAAAGUAAACAUUUAUUUAUUAAUAGGUUUUACUUUAUAAAAUUUGAAGGAAAAUUCAUAAGCGAUUUAAUGUAUUGAAAUAGCUUUAAAUUAUGAUUCAGAAUAUAUUGUUGGAUAUAACGAAAAGGGUAAUUUAUUAGGUUAUGAUUGUAAUAGGUAGUUCAUUAAAUAGUCUUAAAAAAUAUAAUGAUGCAAUAGUUUGUUAUGACAAGGCAAUCCAACUGGAUCCUAAUGAUGCAGUGACUUAUAAAAAUAAGGGUUAAUUAUUUGUUUACUUUAUAGGUGCUUUACUAACUGAUUUGAAGAAGUAUUAAUAAGCUAUCGAAAAUUACAAGCAAGCACUUGUUUAUUGCAAACAAGACCAAAAUGAAUUUAAUAAAUUAAUUAUGGAAUUAAGAUUUAAGAAAUGA